AUGCAGCUCACCACCCUCGUUUCCGCCUUGACCCUUGCGGUCAACAGCGCCACCGCGAUCCCGGUCGUCGACGCUGUGCCCGACCUUCUGGACAAGCGCCAGACAGCCAGCGGUUGCAACUACUUCUCCUCUCCACGCUGCUGCGUUCCCGCCGUCUGCCAGUCCCGCGAUGGAGCCAUCUACCAGAUUAACACCGAUGCUAUCAAAAAUAAUCGCCACGGUUGUGACCCCCCUUGGGCCUUCAUUGCCAAAAGCAACACGCAGUUCCCUGGCUACUGCUGCCGUUAG